AUGGCCGAGCAGAACAUCCCGCGAAAGGGCAUCUCCGAACCCAGCUACACAGUCCAUCGAUCCUCAAACUCAGACGCGGGCCCAUCAACCUCAAUCCCCAAUCAAGAACCUCACGAUGAUCAUGACCGUUCAAACACUCCUCCGCCAUAUUCAGGGCCCACGACCCCUUCAAUGUCCGCACCCCGGGCACCUCCACCUCAAAACAUAACCCACCCGGGUCUCCCCCAUCUUGACUACCGCCUCUACGCCCCAUCAACAUUCCUCCUCUCCGCGGACAAAUCAGAAAUAAAAUCCUAUGAGACACGCCUUUCCACCUACCCAAACGCCCUCGUCUCCCUCAUCCAAUCCGUUGCUACCGUCCCGCCAAAACCGCAUGUCAGGAUCGUUGGCAAGAGUUCAGACGGCACUGUAGACUUCGAUGUCACAAUGAAUGCCAUGAACUUGAUUGUUCCGGAUGCGGAUCGUAAGGGGAAGAUGAAUUAUGUGCGGAUUAUUGGACCUGGGGAGACAGGGUUCAGAGGGGAUACUAAGGAAACUUUGGCUCCUGAUCUGGGGAAUUUGGAUAAUUGGGCGAGGAGUUAUUGCGCGGAUACUAGUGCUAUAAAACACACAGCCUACCGAGGCCACUGCACAGUCUCUUUCCCCCUCACGCAUUCCCGAGUUGUCAUCCACUCGCCCGAUAAAGUGAACCGUUUCUUCAGUAGUGUGACGAAGGUGUUUACGGGCACAAAGAAAUACGAGGUCAUCAAAAGUAUCUGGCCUUAUGCAGAUGUACCAAGAGGCGAGACGGGAAGGAGGUGUGCGGUGCAGGAAGAGGAGGUGUGGUUUAAUGAUUGGAAGGAUGCUAUUAGACACGCGGUCUUGGGCAGACGGAGAGGCUGGGUCACGGGAGAGGACCGGUUGGAGUUCUUGAUGGAACCGAGGCCUGCUGAACAGGGUAAUCCUUCGGGGUGGGGAGGUACUCAUCGUGUUUGA